UUUGGUUGUGCAGCCCAGAGAUAUGGCGGUGGUGCUGCUGGCCAGACUAGCAAGUUUACUUAUGUAUGACAUUUUCACGACUGAACUUCAAUGUGCGUGUACAUUGUAACGAGUCUGCCCUGUGGGCUUAACGAUGGUGUUCCAGUUCCCCUGGACCAGAUUCCGGAAGGUUCUGUCUGUCUGGAACCAACUCAGCAAACCUGAGAUUCUGGAGCUGAGCCGGCCAGGUGUUAACAUCAAAAACAGAGACCAUGUGGAUCAGCUGAUACAAGCUUUACAGAGUGCAGGCACACACACACUCCAGGUGGUGUCUGAUUUUGAUAUGACCCUCAGCAAGUUUGCCCAUGAUGGACAGCGCUGUGCUACGACACACAGUUUGCUGCAUAACAGCGGCUUGCUAAGCGAAGACUGCAAAAGCAAGAUGUGUGUGCUGCAGGACAGGUUCUAUCCUGUGGAGAUCGAUGUGCUGAUGCCUCUGGAGGACAAAGUCCCACUCAUGGUGGAAUGGUGGUCUGCCGCUCAUGAGCUGUUGGUUGAGCAGGGAAUCCAGAGGAAGCUGCUGGCAGCAGCAGUCAGCCAAUCAGGACCCAAGCUCAGAGGCGGGUAUGGUGAGUUCUUUGGUCGUCUGAAGAGGAUGGAGGUUCCUGUGCUGGUGUUCUCGGCAGGUGUGGGGGACAUCCUGGAGGAGAUCCUCAGACACAAGCACGUGCUUAGUCCCAACCUCUCCAUACGGGCCAACUUCAUGCACUUUAAUGAGGAGGGAUUGCUGCAGGGCUUUAAGGAGCCCCUAAUACACACCUUCAACAAGGGGGAGGGGCAUAUCGCAAGCCCCGCCCAUACGGCACACGACCGCCCCAACGUGCUGUUGCUAGGAGACUCUCUAGGUGAUGUCAGCAUGGCAGAUAACCUCACCAACGUCACCAACGUCCUCCGCAUUGGCUUCCUCAAUGACAAGGUGGAGGAGAGGAGAGAGGUGUACUCGUCCUCGUACGACGUCGUCCUGGAGAGGGACGAGACACUGGACAUCCCCAACGCCAUCCUGCGCUACAUCUCCAUGGAAACAGACUCAUAACCUGACCUUUCACCUCACAGCAGAAAGAGGAGGAGCCAAAACACCAUGGCAACUCUAUGACUCCUCCCCCAUGGACUGUUGCUGCUAUUGGUCCUUAUAGGCCACACCCUCCUAUAGUGUUAUUGGUUCUUAUAGGCCACACCCUCAUGCAGUGUUAUUGGUCCUUAUAGGCCACACCCUCCUGCAUUGUUAUGUUCCUUAGUGUUGCUGUGGAUCAGUCUGGAAGAAUUGGGUUAUUGGGUAAGAGUUGGUGGGUAGAGGAAGAGUUGGUUAGGGUUGGGUUAUUGGGUAAGAGUUGAGUUAGCGUUGGGUUGGGGUAGGAUAAAGUUAGCUUAGUGUUGGGUAGGGUUGAGUUAUUUGGUAGGGUAGGUUAGG